GGCGGCGGAGGAGGAAUAGGCCGGGGCAGGUCGCGUUCGCUGCCUUCUUGCCUGAAGAGAGACGAGGGGGGAGGGGGGUGCGGCGAGCGGCUCGUCUCCCUCUCCCUCCGUCUGUCCUCCGCUCUGCUCGCGCCCCAGUGUAAUGAGGGUCACCCCCUCCCCCCCCAGCUGGCCCGGGAAGGGGGCGCGGGGCACGGUUGAUGCGGGCACAGUAUGGAUCAGACUUGUGAACUAUCUAGAAGAAAUUGUUUGCUGUCCUUUUCUAAUCCAGUGAAUUUAGAUGCCCCCGAAGACAAGGACAGCCCUUUCGGAUGAUCCAGAUUCCAGCACCAGUACAUUAGGAAACAUGCUAGAAUUACCUGGAGCUUCAUCAUCAACUACUUCACAGGAAUUGCCAUUUUGUCAACCGAAGAAAAAGUCUACACCACUGAAAUAUGAAGUUGGAGAUCUCAUUUGGGCAAAAUUCAAGAGACGCCCAUGGUGGCCCUGCAGGAUUUGUUCUGAUCCAUUGAUUAAUACGCACUCAAAAAUGAAAGUUGCCAAUAGGAGGCCCUAUCGAGAGUACUACGUGGAGGCCUUUGGAGACCCUUCUGAAAAAGCCUGGGUGGCCGGAAAAGCAAUUGUUAUGUUUGAAGGCAGGCAUCAAUUUGAAGAACUACCUGUCCUUAGGAAAAGAGGGAAACAGAAAGAAAAAGGAUAUAGGCAUAAGGUUCCUCAGAAAAUUUUGAGUAAAUGGGAAGCCAGUGUUGGUCUUGCUGAGCAAUACGAUCUUCCAAAAGGAUCUAAGAACCAAAAAUGUGUUGCUAGUUCAAUCAAGAUGGACAGUGAGGAAGAUAUGCCGUUUGAGGACUGUACAAAUGAUCCUGAAUCAGAACAUGACCUGUUGCUUAAUGGCUGCUUGAAGUCUUUGGCUUUUGAUUCUGACCAUUCUGCAGAUGAAAAAGAAAAGCCCUGUGCCAAGUCUCAAGUUAGAAAGAGCUCUGAUAAUAUAAUAAAAAGGACUAGUGUGAAAAAGGGCCUCAUGCCAUUUGAAGCACACAAAGAGGAGCAGAGGGGGAAAAUUCCAGAGAAUCUUGGCUUAGAUUUUAUCUCUGGGGGUGUGUCUGAUAAACAGGCUUCUAAUGAACUUUCCAGGAUAGCGAGCAGUCUAUCAGGACCUAGUACUGCACCGGGAGGUUUCCUCUUUUCUUCAUGUGGACAGAACACUGCUAAGACAGAUUUUGAGACUUCAAAUUGUGAUUCUUUAUCGGGUUUGUCUGAGAGUACUUUACUCCCCAAACAUUCUGGAGAGAAAAAGAAACUCCAACCAGGCCCAGUAUGCAGCUCAAAAGUACAACUCUGCUAUAUAGAAGCUGGUGAUGAGGAAAAGCGAAGUGAUUCUGUUAGUGUAUGUACCACUUCUGAUGAUGGGAGCAGUGAUCUGGAUCCUGUAGAAAACAACUCAGAAUUUGUUAACACUGUCCUUGAAAUUACAGAUGCCUUUGAUAGAACAGAGGAUGCUUUAUCCAUGCAUGAAAAUGAAACAAAGUAUUCUAGAUAUCAUGCCACAAACAGGGUAAAAGAGAAACAGAAAUCCCUCAUUACUAAUUCACAUAUAGACCACUUGGUGGAUUCUAACAAGAGAGCUGAGCCCAGAACUGCUGAGAUGUCUCAGGUCAAUCUUUCUGAUCUUAAAAUCUGUAGUCCUCUUCCCAAAUCCCAACCAGAAUUUAGACAUGAUGAUCUCACUACAAAAUUCUGUGCACCGCCAGGUGUUUGUAGUGAAAACUCAGUGACAAAAGGUGAGGCUACAAACCAACCUCUGUUACCUUUGAAAUACAGACAGCCCAAGUUCCGAAGCAUGAAAGGUAAGCAUAAAGAGAGCCCAGCUGUUGCAGAACCAGCAGCUACAGAUGAGGACCCCAGCUUGAAAUGCUGUUCUGCUGAUACCAAUGGCUCUCCUUUGGCCAGCAUAUCCAAAAGUGGGAAAGCAGAGGGGCUAAAACUACUGAGCAAUAUGCAUGAGAAAACCAGAGAUUCAAGUGAUAUAGAAACAGCAGUGGUAAAGCAUGUUUUGUCAGAAUUGAAGGAACUCUCUUACAGAUCGUUGAGUGAGGAUGUCAGUGACUCUGGAACAUCAAAGUCAUCAAAGCCAUUACUAUUUUCUUCUGCUUCUAGUCAGAAUCAUAUACCCAUUGAACCAGAUUACAAAUUUAGUACAUUGCUAAUGAUGCUCAAAGAUAUGCAUGAUAGUAAGACAAAGGAGCAGCGGUUAAUGACUGCUCAAAAUCUGGCUUCCUACCGUACUCCAGACCGUGGGGACUGUUCUUCUGGUAGCCCUGUAGGAACAUCUAAGGUUUUGGUGUUAGGUUCCACACACAAUUCUGAAAAACCUGGAGACAGCACUAAGGACUCUGUCCGCCCUAGUCCUAGUGGGGGUGACUCUGCAUUGUCUGGAGAACUGUCUUCUUCCCUCCCCAGCUUAGCUGCUGACAAAAGAGAACCCCCUGCUUGUGGUAAAAGUCGUUCAAACUGUAUUCCAAGGCGUAACUGUGGUCGAGCAAAGCCAUCAUCCAAAUUGAGAGAAACUAUUUCAGCCAAGAUAGCAAAACCCCCAGGAAACCCAAAAGCCUUAAAGACAGAGCGAAAGAGAAAGUUGAACCACCGCCUUCCAGCUGUGACCCUUGCAGCUAACCACCUGGGAGACAAAGAAAGUGGAGGCUCAGUGAAUGGCCCAUCAAGGGAUGGGGCAGAAGAUCUUCCACAAGAGGAGCCUCUUCAACAAAUGGGCCAUUUAAGAAAUGAAGACACCCAUUUUUGUGAUGUCCUUUUUGAUAGCAAGGUUAAACAAUGUGACUCUGAUAAGAUUCUUGAAAAAGAACCUUCUUUUGAGAACAGAAAAGGCCCAGAGCUGGGCCCUGAAAUGAACAGUGAGAAUGAUGAGCCUCAUGUUGUUAAUCAGGUGGUGCCUAAAAAGCGCUGGCAGCGAUUAAACCAAAGGCGCCCUAAGCCUGGAAAACGCACUAACAGAUUUAGGGAGAAAGAAAACUCUGAGGGUACCUUUGGAGUCUUGCUUCCUGGUGACACUGUGCCAAAGGGGCAGGAUGAUUUCUUAGAACAAAGAGCUCCUCCUACAAGUAUACUUGAGGACUCUUCAGCGGAUCCCAACCAUGUCAGCCAAUCGGAUUCAGUUGGGCCACGGAUGACCAUUUGUGAUAAAUCCAGUGUCAGCGUGGGUGAUGUGGAAAAGGAGACAGGAAUUCCCAGUUUGACACCACAGAUUAAGCUCCCUGAGCCAGCUAUUCGGUCAGAGAAGAAACGCCUUAGGAAGCCAAGCAAGUGGCUUCUGGAAUAUACAGAAGAGUAUGAUCAAAUAUUUGCUCCUAAGAAAAAACAAAAGAAGGUACAGGAACAAGUGCAUAAGGUAAGCUCCCGCUGUGAAGACGAAAGCCUUCUUGCCCAGUGUCGAUCUAGUAUUCAGAACAAGCAGGUGGAUGAGAGUUCUUUGAUUUCUACUAAAGAAGAGCCUCCAGUUCUUGAAAGAGAGGCUCCGUUUUUGGAAGGGCCGUUGGCUCAGUCAGAUCUUGGAGUCGGACAUGCUGAGUUGCCACAGCUGACCUUGUCUGUUCCUGUGGCUCCAGAAGUCUCUCCUCGGCCUGCCCUUGAGUCUGAGGAAUUGCUUGUUAAGACACCAGGGAAUUAUGAAAGUAAACGUCAAAGAAAACCAACUAAGAAACUUCUCGAAUCCAAUGAUUUAGACCCUGGAUUUAUGCCCAAGAAGGGCGAUCUUGGCCUUUCUAGAAAGUGCUUUGAAGUAGGUCCCUUGGAGAAUGGCAUUGUUGAUUCACGUGCUACACCUCAUUUGAAAGACUUUGGUGGAGGCUCUACCAGGAUAUUUGAUAAGCCAAGGAAACGGAAACGACAGAGGCAUGUUACAACCAAAAUGCACUAUAAAAAAGUGAAAAAGGAGGACUCCUCAAAAGAGGCUCCAAGCUCAGAGGGAGAACUGAUGAUUCACAGGACUGCUGCCAGCCCCAAGGAGAUUCUUGACGAGGGUGUAGAACAUGAUGCUGGGAUGUCUGCAUCUAAAAAAUUGCAGGGUGAGCGUGGUGGAGGAGCAGCACUGAAGGAGAAUGUUUGUCAGAACUGUGAGAAACUGGGUGAGCUGCUGUUAUGUGAGGCUCAGUGCUGUGGGGCUUUCCACCUGGAGUGCCUUGGCCUAACUGAGAUGCCACGAGGAAAAUUUAUCUGCAGUGAGUGCCGUACAGGAAUCCAUACCUGUUUUGUAUGUAAGCAGAGUGGGGAAGAUGUGAAAAGGUGCCUUCUGCCUUUAUGUGGAAAGUUUUACCAUGAGGAGUGUGUCCAGAAGUACCCACCCACUGUCACGCAGAACAAGGGUUUCCGGUGCCCCCUCCACAUCUGUAUAACCUGCCACGCUGCUAAUCCCACCAAUGUAUCUGCUUCUAAAGGUCGUCUGAUGCGCUGUGUCCGAUGUCCCGUGGCAUACCAUGCCAAUGACUUCUGUCUUGCUGCUGGGUCAAAAAUCCUUGCAUCUAACAGUAUCAUCUGCCCUAAUCACUUCACCCCUAGGCGGGGCUGCCGAAAUCAUGAGCAUGUUAAUGUCAGUUGGUGUUUUGUGUGCUCAGAAGGAGGCAGCCUUCUGUGCUGUGAUUCUUGCCCUGCUGCCUUUCAUCGUGAAUGCCUGAACAUUGAUAUCCCUGAAGGAAAUUGGUACUGCAAUGACUGUAAGGCUGGCAAAAAACCACACUACAGGGAGAUUGUGUGGGUGAAGGUUGGCCGAUACAGGUGGUGGCCAGCUGAGAUCUGCCAUCCUCGAGCCGUUCCCUCUAACAUUGAUAAGAUGAGACAUGAUGUGGGAGAGUUCCCUGUUCUCUUCUUUGGGUCGAAUGACUAUCUAUGGACUCAUCAGGCCCGAGUCUUCCCUUACAUGGAAGGGGAUGUGAGCAGCAAAGAUAAGAUGGGAAAAGGAGUUGAUGGAACAUAUAAAAAAGCUCUUCAGGAAGCUGCAGCAAGGUUUGAAGAGUUAAAGGCCCAAAAAGAACUAAGACAGCUGCAGGAAGACAGGAAGAAUGACAAGAAGCCACCACCAUAUAAACAUAUAAAGGUGAACCGUCCUAUUGGCAGGGUACAGAUCUUCACUGCAGACUUGUCAGAAAUUCCCCGUUGCAACUGUAAGGCUACUGAUGAGAACCCCUGUGGGAUAGACUCCGAGUGCAUCAACCGCAUGCUGCUCUAUGAGUGCCAUCCCACAGUGUGUCCUGCUGGAGGGCGCUGUCAAAACCAGUGCUUCAGCAAGCGCCAGUAUCCAGAUGUUGAAAUUUUCCGCACAUUACAGAGGGGCUGGGGUCUCCGGACAAAAACAGAUAUUAAAAAGGGUGAAUUUGUGAAUGAAUAUGUGGGUGAGCUAAUAGAUGAAGAAGAGUGUAGAUCUCGGAUCCGUUACGCACAAGAACAUGACAUCACUAAUUUCUAUAUGCUCACUCUAGAUAAAGAUCGAAUUAUUGAUGCUGGUCCCAAAGGGAACUAUGCUCGGUUCAUGAAUCACUGCUGCCAGCCUAACUGCGAGACACAGAAGUGGUCUGUGAAUGGAGAUACCCGUGUUGGUCUUUUUGCUUUGAGUGACAUUAAAGCAGGCACUGAACUUACCUUCAAUUACAACCUAGAAUGUCUUGGAAAUGGAAAAACCGUCUGUAAAUGUGGAGCCCCGAACUGCAGUGGCUUCUUGGGUGUGAGGCCAAAGAAUCAGCCCAUUGUCACGGAAGAAAAGUCAAGGAAAUUCAAGAGGAAGCCUCAUGGGAAGCGCAGGAGCCAGGGUGAAGUCACAAAGGAAAGAGAGGAUGAGUGCUUCAGCUGUGGGGAUGGUGGUCAGCUCGUCUCCUGCAAGAAGCCAGGCUGCCCGAAGGUUUACCAUGCAGACUGUCUCAAUCUGACCAAGCGACCAGCAGGGAAGUGGGAGUGUCCUUGGCACCAGUGUGACGUGUGUGGGAAGGAAGCGGCCUCCUUUUGUGAGAUGUGCCCCAGCUCCUUUUGCAAGCAGCACCGAGAAGGGAUGCUUUUCAUUUCCAAGCUUGAUGGGCGUCUGUCUUGUACUGAACAUGACCCCUGUGGGCCCAACCCUCUGGAACCAGGGGAGAUCCGUGAGUAUGUGCCUCCCCCAGGGCCGCUGUCUCCAAGCCCCAGCACUCAACUGACAGAACAGUCAUCCGAGAUGGCUACUCAGGGGCCCAAGAUGUCUGAUCAACCACCUACUGAUGCCACCCAGAUGCUGCCACUCUCCAAAAAAGCCCUGACAGGGACUUGUCAGAGGCCACUGCUACCUAAACGACCCCCUGAAAAAACUGACUCUAGUUCCCACCUUUUAGAUAGGGCCAGAGACCUUGCUGGAUCGGGGACCAAAUCCCAGUCCUUGGUAUCCAGCCAGAGGCCACAGGACAGGCCACCUGCUAAAGAAGGACCAAAACCUCAGCCAUCUGAAAGAGCCUCUCCAGUGACCAAGCCAAGCUCCUCACCCCUGGUCAGGUCCCUGCCACUGGAAAGACCUCUGGCAAUGACAGACCCAAGGCUGGAAAAGGCUAUAGGUGCUGUUGGCCCAAAGUCCCAAUCAGUGGAGAAAGCUCCAGCCCCCACUGGCCUGCGACUUUCACCACCAGACAGGCUGUUGACCACCCACAGUCCCAAAGCCCAGAUUUCUGACAGGCCCCCAGACAAAUCCCAUGCCUCUUUGACCCAGAGACUUCCACCUCCUGAGAAAGUACUGUCAGCUGUGGUCCAGUCUCUGGUAGCUAAAGAGAAAGCACUGAGGCCUGUGGACCAGAACACUCAGUCAAAGCACAGAGCUGCUUUGGUGAUGGAUCUCAUAGACCUCACUCCUCGCCAGAAGGAACUGGCAUCUUCUCCUCAUGAAGUCACACCACAGGCUGAUGAGAAGAUGCCGAUGCUGGAGUCAAGCUCACGGCCAUCUAGCAAGGGUCUGGGUCAUAUGCCACGAGCAGUGGAAAAGAGCAGCAUGUCAGAUUCCCUGCAGCCAGCUGGAAAAGUAACAGCUCCUUCAGAACAUCCUUGGCAAGCUGUUAAAUCACUCACCCAGGCCAGACUUCUUUCUCCACCUUCUGCCAAGGCUUUUUUAUAUGAAUCAGCAACCCAAGCCUCAGGAAGAGCUCCUGUGGGAGCUGAGCAGACCCCAGGACCUCCUGGCCCAGCACCAGGCCUGGUUAAACAGGUGAAGCAGCUAUCUAGAGGACUUACUGCCAAGAGUGGGCAGUCCUUCAGGUCUCUUGGGAAGAUCCCAUCUUCCCUCCCCAAUGAAGAGAAGAAGUUGGCAACCACAGAACAGAGUCCCUGGGGCCUGGGAAAAGCCUCACCAGGGGCAGGGCUUUGGCCCAUAGUGGCUGGACAAACACUAGCCCAAGCUUGCUGGUCUGCUGGGGGCACACAGACAUUGGCACAAACUUGCUGGUCCCUUGGAAGAGGGCAAGACCCCAAACCAGAGCAAAAUGCAAUUCAAGCUCUUAACCAGGCUCCUUCUAGUCGCAAAUGUGCAGAAUCAGAACAGAAAUGAUACAGUAAAUGUCACAUAACCAGAAAAGCUGUCCCCAGGGUGCCAUUUGGGGAGGGAAAUCUUCGUUUCUUUUUCCUUCUUGAAAAACAAACAUAUCCCCAACACUUCCACUGUUGUUCUUUCCUUAUACCCCAACACUCAGAACUCUUGUGACAUUAGCCCAUGGGGGCUUGUGGCUGUGUGAACCAUGUAUGGGAAUACGUUGGGCCCCAGUCAAGGAGACAGACAGACUUGAGUCUCUUUGCCCUAACUUUUACAUGUGGUCAACUUCAAAUAAAAAGUCCACUCUGGAAUCAAGCAUGGAAUUCAAUUCCAUUGGUCAAGUUGGAAAGUACAGGGGCUUUCAA